GAAGACUAGUUUUUUUCGAGAAAUCAAUCAAAUUAGUAGCAAUAAGAAAGAAAGCAAAGAUGUUCUUUCACAUAGUACUUGAGAGAAAUAUGCAGCUUCAUCCACGCCAUUUUGGACGAGAUCUUCGCCCUAAACUCGUCUCCAAAUUAAUGAAAGACGUGGAGGGCACUUGUAGUGGCCGACAUGGGUUUAUUGUGGCGAUAACUGGUGUAGAAAAUGUGGGGAAUGGGUUGAUAAGAGAUGGGACUGGAUUUGUUACCUUUCCGGUUAAGUACCAAUGUGUUGUUUUUAGGCCUUUUAAAGGUGAAAUCUUGGAAGCUGUUGUCACCAUGGUUAAUAAGAUGGGAUUCUUUGCUGAAGCUGGACCUGUUCAGAUUUUUGUCUCCAAUCACUUGAUCCCAGAUGAUAUGGAGUUCCAAUCUGGUGAUAUGCCUAAUUAUACAACUUCGGAUGGAUCGGUUAAGAUCCAAAAAGAAAGUGAAGUCAGGCUGAAGAUCAUUGGAACCAGGGUUGAUGCUACAGAAAUUUUCUGUAUUGGUACCAUAAAAGAUGAUUUCUUGGGCGUGAUCAGUGACCCAACUUCUUAACAGACUCGAAGGCGCAUGCGAUAUUGUCCAGGAGCCAAGCCUGAGGUUUUGUCUUCUGAUUGUCGUUGUGCUUAGAUCCUGCAAUCAUUGUAAUAAUGAGAUGUGGGUGUGAGAAAGUGGAGUAUAUCGGUUUGGGUUUUGCUUGGAUAGCCUUAAAUUCUUAAUCUAAAAUCUUUGUAGUAUGACUGACCUGUUCGGGCUUAUGUAGACGUGUGUUGAAUGUAAAGAAUAUGACAAAUAUGAACCUUCAUUUUGUUGUGAACUAUGGAGAAAGAGACACUUGAAUGGUGGCUAGUAUAUGCUUAAAUGGUUAAAAUAUUCAAACAAUAGGGAUGACCCUGUUAGACAGUUGGAUUGUUGAAA